AUGUAAGACGUCCCACUCAAUUUUUUUUCAUACUCACCCAGCCACUUCUUCAAUACAUUUCUUGAUUUUACAAGCUAUUGGGGUAAAUAUCAUCUCAGCAGUUGGUUUCUGCAAGGUUAACUAUUUUCUGGACAGUAUCCAUCUUAAGCGGGCCAUUGGUACCAAAUAUGUUGGCAAUUGCAAGCUGCAGGUAUUCUGUAGAAUCACUAAACUGUUUGUUUUUACUCUUAAAUUGUGGCAUUGGUAUUAUGUUUAUAUACUAUUUCAGUUCUCUUUGGUAACAUCACGAAACAACCCUCAAUGAAAGUGAAAAGCAACAUCAAACUACGUGGUCGACUUGGGUAAUGAAGUUGAAGAAAUACUCUCAGAAAAUUGCGUGUCCAAACAACCUUGUUCUCUUCUCCAGAUGGCAGAAAAGUGGGAUGACAGUGCGAACGAUUCGCCUGAAGUCGUCUACGAAGGUUUUUCCCCACCACCACCGCCACCUCCUACUCAUCCUCAAGCGAUGAUUAACACAGCUAGUAGUUCGUUUGUAUCAGCAGAUGGAAAUGAUGAUGGGACGCUUGGAGGUCAGCCUGGAGGGUAUAUGCCAACAGGGCCGAUGGUUGAGGAACAGGUCGUGACACACCCUAUACAUGGAGAAGGUUCUCACCAUGAAGAAAUUGAGCGGACGCGGCUGUGCUUUGUGUGCUGUAAUCCAGUCUCUGACAAGAACUUUGAGUCAAUCAAAGCCUCCAUGAACCACUCCCAUGCCCCCCUCCUGGUUCUCCUCACGGAUGUCUUGGGAUAUAAGCUAGAGGAUGGACGCUUGCAUUCACAGGUUGUUUGCAAAGCUUGCUAUCAUCUGCUUGAUAUUAUAGAUGAGUUGCAGCAGACCUUAACAGAGUCAAAGACAGAUGUCAGAACAAAGUUUUUAGAAACAGUCCAGAAACUAAAACUGAAAUAUCCAAGAACAGACAAGAUGCUAAAGCCCAGAUGUCUGCGGUGCAUCCAGAUGUCUCAAACCUCUGCUAGGAAGCGGGGCAGAGGAAGAGGCUGGAAAUCCCGGUCUGAGGACAUGAGUCGGGGGAGAGGAAGAGGGCGGGGAAGAGGUAGGGCGAGAUCACGUUCUGAAGAUGGUCAUGAUCCAGGGAGCGAUAACGACAAUGAGGGCCAGGGAUUUUGCCAUGAAGAGAUAAGGCAAGAUGCACUAUCAUCAAAGUCACACCUGCCUCAAACAUACCAAGAUAAUAGUAAGCCAGAUGGCUCACCUGUAUUGGAUCUCUCAGGUGCUCAACCCAAGUCUUCCCCAACAAGUGAACAUUGUAUCUGGAACAGCAAAGAUGGGAAUGCAAACUGGAAUGCCUUGAGCAACAGUCAGAUAACUGAUGAGCACAAUUUGUGUCUAGAUGAAAAGGAAAGAGACUGUAACUCUGUGCUUGGUGAAUCCUUUGAUAAUUGGAUAGGUCAUACCUCUCAGGUAGCCUUAAUGAAUACAGAAGUAGAUGAAUAUACACAUAAAGAAUGUGAAUAUUGUGUAGAUAUGAACUAUUAUGAUUGUUUGUUGUGUAAAGGUAGUGAUUCCAAGGUGUUUUACCAAUACUGUGAAAACUGUUUAAUGUGCCAAGGGGUUUUUAUUCCAUGGGGUAAUAAUGUUAGUCUAGAUUUCAUAGGAGACCAGUGUUCCAUUUGGAAUAUCCAAGCAAAGAAUCAUUUUCAUGGGGAAAAGUUGGAUAUAGUAAGCUAUGGUUCUAUGUCAUUGGGCAAGGAGUGCAAAGUGGAAACUGCUUUAGACAAGUUGCCAACGCUAAAUGUAAUGGAGAAGAAUAGUGUGACCAAGACACUAGAGGAGGAUUUAUUUAACUGUGCAGCUGAGACGAAGACAGAUGUUCCCUUGUUGCUUCCUUGUCUCAGGAAUGAAUCACUUGUGAGUGAAUAUGAUCAGUCUUCAAUUAAAAAAGUAAUACAUAACGUGAAUGAUAAAAAAGAGAUAGGUGGUGGAGGUGAUAGAGAAGUGGUAGAUCUUCACAGUGACAAGUUAAAUGCUGAUACUAGAUCACCAGUUGCAUUACAUGAUGAUGAGAGUGAAUGUUUAUAUGUACAAAAUGAGAUGUUUACCAAAGACACUACUGUAGCAGAAACAGAUAAGAUAAAUUCAGCUGGUCUGAUCCCUGUAGCAAAAAGCUGUUCUUCCAAUUCUCUUUUGAUGUCUGAAACUGAUGUAGUGGUUUCAGAGACCAAUGAUGAUGUCACUGUAGAAAGUGUUACAUGCAUUAUGCAGGAAGUUGAUGAAACCUCAGAUAUUGAACAUUCGUAUAUUGAAGUUAGUGAGACAUUAAAUAUAGCUUCAGAGAUUCACACCAAGUAUAUAGAAAAGAAUUCAGAUCAAGUGCAGAGUCCCCUUGCAGCAUCUCAGGGAGAGAAUGGACAAGAACAUCUCCCAGAAAAUAAAGUAGUAAGUGAGCUUGGGAAGAAGACGCUUUCAGAUGUUUUCACAGACAUAUCCAUUCAGCCUUGUUUAGGGAAGAGGAGGAGGAAGCCCACUACCAAAGCCAAGGAUUUACUGGUAGAGGAUGAGCCAAGCCUCAGUGGCACGUCUUCUGCCAGAGCUGAGAAGAAAAUCAAAGGCUUCCAGUGUGAAAACAGCAGCAAAGAGUUGGUGGAGGUUAAGGAAAACUCCAUUCAGUUGAAUGACAAGGGAAAGAGCAAAGAUUGUCGUUACAUUUGUGAAUUUUGUGGCAAGAAGUUCAAUUCCAUAGGAGGCUUCAGGUAUCAUGUUGAUGGACAUGAAGCAUCUGUUGCCAGAGUCUUCACAUGUUAUAUUUGCUCAUAUAAAACCAGGAGAAAGGCAGAUUUAAGAAAACAUAUGGUCAUUCACACAGGUGAGAAGCAGUACAAAUGUGAAGUGUGUGGACAAGAAUUUUCAGUCAACAGUUCUUACACCAGACACAUGAGGAUUCAUAGUGGUGAGAAACCUUAUAAAUGUACCACAUGUGGGAAGGACUUCAGAAGUGGAGGUACCCUCAAACAGCACAUGGUAAAACAUACAGGAGCCAGGAACUUUAUUUGUGAGGUGUGUGGAAGCAGUUUUAGCCUGCGGCACCAUUACACAGCCCAUUGGAAACUUCACAGUGGAGAUAUGCCCAUCAAGUGUAAAGUAUGCUCCGUCUCAUUUCGGAAUUACAGUGCUCUCCGACAUCACCGCAAGAAGAACCAUCCGAAGGAGGAAGCACAUAGGCUGAAGAACCUAAAAAUGAAGAUGAUUCGAGUAGAUGACAUCAAAAUGAAGCCAAGGCCAAAGGUCAUUGACCCUUCUAUUGACGUCUUGCAGCAAGCAAUGGCAGCAGCAGUCGAAUCUGUAAAUUGUGAAUGUGUUGACUCAUACACUCAAACUCUACCUGUGAAUGUUGGCACAAGUGACAGUAUUGUCUCCAAGAUCAUAGCAGAUAAUCUUGCCAGUAAGGAUUCUGUUGUUUUAGCUAUAACAGAUAUACAGGAAGAAGAGAUUGAGAAGGUAGACACUGUCAGUAACAGCCCAAAGUACAUUCAACACACACUGAGUAAUGAACUUGGAGAUAGAACACAUGCCAGUAUUGUCCACUCAGUUGAUGUUAGUGAUGGUGCUGCUUCCACACUUGGAGAAAGUGAAGAAAAGAGUACAGUUCAUUAUACAAAUGAAAAUUCUCUACACAGUUCCUUUUACAAUGGAGAUGGAGUAAACAAUGCGAGGGACUUUAUUGUUGUGAAUAAUGAGGGGGAGCCUAUGCCAGACCUGAAGCCUGAGAAUGUAAAGGUUGUCCAAACCAGUAAUGAAGACACAUCACCCAUGUACAUUGUCUUGUCGGACAUUCAGGCUCAGGACUCACAGCUGUACAUUGUUCUCGAUAAAGAUGCUCAUGUUUCAGGCUAAAUGUACACCCUUUCAGUUUCAUUCAAAUGAAUGAGAUUACUUUUAGAAACCGAAUGUGGUUAAUAAGGUAUUUGUUUUUGAUAUAUCAGUUUUGUGGACCAAAUUAAAUAGGAUGCUUAAGGUAUGGUUACUAGACUACUGUAUGGAAAUAUACAAACAGGCAUAGUAUCCAUUUCUAGGUAUAAAUGAUAACAAGCUUAUAUUUAUAUGUAAAAGAAGCCCAAGAAACUUAUUUAUUAAUUAGUCAGAUAGUCAGCCAGUCUUUUCAUUUAACAUUUCUGCAGACCAAGCUAGGUAAAUCAGUUACAGUCUGUAAAUCUUACAGUGUAACAAGAAUAGGUUAUAGAAAAUAUGGGAGCAGCAGAGAGUGACUGUGAUAUUUGUUGUGCUCAACUAAUUUUUAGUCGUAAACAGUCUAUUUAUGAAUAAUUAGUCUCAUAACUAGGGAAUGCUAUGAUUAAUAUUUCUAGUAAAUGAAAGUAGUUUUAUAGAAAAAUAAAUUAUUUUAGGAAUAUUUAUUUAAAAGAUAAUUCUUUGGCAAUGAGUUUUAUAAAUAAGUGGGAAGGAUUCAGACUGUCUAGUUAUUUUGCAGUGCUGAUAUAUAAAUGUUCAGUCUGAAAAGUAUUUUUAUAUUAGCCUUGAAAAUUAUUACAUUAUAUUAUAUUGUAUAAAUUGGCAUUUGUUUGUGCUAUUGAAGAGAGACACGGAACAUAGAUUAAGGUUAGAACAUGGCAUCUUUUGAUAACUUUAAGAAUUCAUUGUAUUUAAAAGAUUAUGUAAAGUGGUCAAGGAAAGUAGGUAAAUCAUAAGAAAAAAUGCUUUAAGUUUGAGAUUUAAUUUGACUUAGGUUAGAGUCACCAAACCAGUGAAGCAGGAGGGGAAGGUGGGUCGAGAUGUAUUCUGCAAUAGGCUAGUGGUAUUUAUAAAGAAAUAUGUAUGUAUAUAGUUAAAGAUUCAGAUCUGACAUUUCUCUCUCUCUCUCUCUCUCUCUCUCUCUCUCUCUCUCUCUCUCUCUCUCUCUCUCUCUCU